AUGCCGCCACAACCAGGAGUCUUCGCCGUCUCAGGACACACCACCCACAAAGUCCGCUCCGGGCAGACCGUCGAGGCUUCCUCCGUCACCGCGAUCCACUACGAAUCGGUCGCAGGGCCGAGCUCUCGCCCACACGGCGGCCCCGGCGACGACCCCAAGAAAGAGAAGCGGCGAAAGGAGGUCGUAGGAAGGGUCACCAACCAGCUCGCGGAGCGCAGAGAGGACAUGGCCCGCCAUUUCGCGGAGGCGAUAUCCGACCUCCACAGCGCCUCGCUCCAGCUCUCCACCCGGCCGGACACCUCGCCCGCGUACAACCUGCGCCUGUACCCGAUCUCGCUCGAGCGCGGCGCGCUGCUGUCGUCGAUCGAGUUCCAGGAGCGGCACGCGAUGCAGGUCAUCCAGACCGCGUACGAGGAGGAGCGGACGAAGAUCGAGGGCGAGUGGGCAAAGGGCCGGGACAGCAUACGCGACCGGAUGAUCGACAGCAUCAUCGAGCGUCGCAAACGCGCUCGGGAAGAGAAAGACGGCGAGGGCACGGUCAUCGUCGCGGCCGCACAUAACGCGGAAGCUGCGAAACAAGAUCGGGACGUCGCCCCGUCGACCCCGGUCCCCGCUGGCCACCCCGGCGCGGGCAACGGCUCGAAUGCGGCGAAUGCGGGGGCCGUGACCACCGGCCCGCUCCUCAACCCCCACUCGUUGAACGUCGAAGAACUGCCGUCCCCGUUCCCCCUCCCACUCAUCGUCAUAGGGUCGAAUGGGGGCCAGAGCUAUGGAUACAGCGCGAACGCGGGAGCAACUGGGAACGGCCGGAGAAGGGCGAAAAACAAAGGCGAGAAGGAGGCGAAUGGCGUCGGCAAGAAUCUGGCCUGCUUGAUUCCCCUCAAAGAGGCCGACUACGAGGCCGACCUCGGCGAGAUACGGCGGGGCAACAAGAGGAGGAGAGCAGCGGUGUUCGCCAUGAAGGUACAUCGCCAAGGUCGGUGGCUUCGACUGCUAUGUUGCUACUCCAAAUGGAGAGAGGACAAGGUGCACCUGUUUCUCGUCGACGGUAUAGGCAUACAGUCCCCGAACAACCAGCUCCUCGCGGACGACUUCGCACUAAACGGGUUCAAAACGGUCAUCGUCGACUACUACGAGGGCGAACCCGUACCGCUUGAGGUCCUCACCGACCCCGAGCUUGCCGGAAAGUUCGACCUCCCGGGCUGGUUGGGCCGCCACCCUCCCACCCGCGCGCAGGAGAUCGUUCGCGCGGUUAUGGCUGCGUUGCGUGAGGAGGGCGUCGCGAAGUUCGCCUCGACGGGGUACUGCUACGGCGGCGGAUCGGCUUCGACCUCGCUCCCCGGACGACCUCUUGAAAUACGGGAGCUGUCCAGGGCGCCGCUCCUGCUGAACUCGUGCGAGUUCGACGAGAUGUUCCCUCAGGCGGAGGCAGAGAAGGCGGACGAUAUCCUCGGCGGUGGCAAGUUCGCGCCCGGGUAUGAACGCACCCACUGGGAGGGAUGCCACCACGGCUAUGCCGUGCGUGGGGACAUGACAGACCCGAAGGUCACGGCGGGAAAGGAGGGUGCGUUCAAUGCCACCGUGAAGUUCUUGAAGAAGUACUUCGUAUAG